AUGAGUUUUGCCUCUUUUGGUUUUGAUUGUUGUAAAGGACUAUUGUCUUUGUUGAAUGUGUUUUGGAACAACCUUGAUUAAGAUUAUUAUUAACUGCACGAGCAUUCAACAUCAAGCCAGCCUGACAAGCCAAGCAAGUCACCACAACCGGAAUAUCCUACAUUUCCCAGAAUGCAUGUCGUCCAAAUUCCCUCCAUGCAGCUGUGGGCUACAGGUGUUUUGAGAGGCUUUCCAAUCAAGUCAUGCUGGAGGAACUCAACACACAACAUGUCUUGUGGCUGCAUCAUAUUACGUAUGCAUCUAAGGGGAGAAAACUUGAACCCACUCCACGCCCCUAAAGUCUCCACAGAGGCGGAGGAAGAGUCCAGUCUGUGAACACACAAGUACAAACACUCCUCCAGGACGCACAGGAGGACGCGCGUAAAAGCAACCGAGCUGCUUCAUUUCAGCCGUGAACGACAGCGUUGAACUCCACAGUGUCCCGUAGUGAAGUUUGGACUUUUACUUCGUUUUCUUGUAGCGUUUUGUUUGUUUUGAACCUCAGAUUUACAGCGGAGGGUUUUAUUCUCUGUGGCGAACCAGUGUUGCUUUAUGAUGCUCGGAUAUCUCAGGAGUGUUUGCUCCACGCUUUGGAUACACAAUGUGAGGAUUUGUGCAGGAAUAAUUAAGGACGCUGCGUAAAAGGAAAACCCAAAGUCCCCAGUGUCACCAAGCUCGUUUCAAACCCUCCAAAGUGCGGAAUGGGGCCGUCAUCUACACUGCUCCUCGUUGCUUUUUUGGGCUGGGCUGAAGGUGGCUCCUCUCUUCAGUACUCAGACGGUCGGUCCAGCCGUCUGCCUCUGGAGAAAACCUUCGGUCGGGCGCUCAAAGACUCCCAGUGCCAACACAUGUUGAAGCACCUUCACAAUGGAGCCCGAAUCGCUGUGCAGAUGCCUCCCAACGUCGAGGGUCACUGGGUGUCCACCAGCUGUGAGGUGAGACCAGGCCCGGAGUUCCUGACGCGCUUCUACAGUUUCUACUCCAACAACACCUUCCAGGCUCACCAGUUCUACUACGAGGACAACCACUGCACCAAACCCACCUACACUCUGGUGAUCCGGGGUCGUCUGCGCCUACGACAGGCCUCCUGGAUCAUCCGCGGCGGCACGGAGGCGGAGUACCACCUCCACCGCGUCCAGAUGGUUUGUCACACAGCCACCGUGGCCAAAGAGCUCAGCCAGAGGCUCAACCACAGCUGCAAAGGGGCCGUGAAAGGCCCCUGGGAGCCCAGCGUGCCCUACGAGCUUUGGAGCGAGGAGGGCGGCUACGACUGCUCCAGGGAGCUCAACUUUGCCAUGCAUGAGCUGCAGCUGCUGAGGGUGGAGAAGCAGUACCUGCAUCACAACCUGGAUCACCUGGUGGAGGAGCUGUUUCUGGGAGACAUCCACACCGAGCCGUCCCAGAGGCUGUACUACAAGCCGUCCAGCUACCAGACCGCCCUGCAAAAUGCCAAGAACCAUGACCACGGCUGCAUCGCCUGUCGCAUCAUCCACCGCUCAGAUGAGCUCCACCCUCCCAUCCUGGCGCCGCGGGCCGACCUGACUGUCGGGCUGUACGGUCAAUGGGUGAGCCAGCGCUGUGAAGUUCGCCCAGAGGUCCUCUUCCUCACCCGUCACUUCAUCUUCCACGACAACAACCACACCUGGGAGGGCCACUACUACCACUACUCUGACCCCGUCUGUAAACACCCCACCUUCACCAUCUACGCCCGCGGACGCUACAGCAGAGGGCUUCACUCCACCCGCGUCAGGGGCGGGACAGAAUUCGUCUUCAAAGUGAACCACAUGAGAGUAACUCCCAUGGACUUUGCCACCACCUCCCUCCUCAACGUCUUCAAUGGUAACGAGUGUGGAGUGCAGGGGUCCUGGCUGGUCGGGGUGGAGCAGGACGUUACCUUAACCAACGGCUGCGUAGCACUGGGCAUCCGCCUCCCCCACACAGAGUAUGAGCUUUUCCGCAUGGAGCAGGACGCCCACGGCCGCUACCUGCUCUACAACGGCCAGCGUCCCAGCGACGGCUCCAGCCCAGACCGGACGGAGAAGCGUGCCACCUCCUACCAGAUGCCCCUGAUGCAGUGCUCGGCAAGCAGCCAGCCGUCCGAGUACAGCAGAGUGGAUGACCGGUCUCUGCUGCACCACAAUGACUGCCCAGGAUGGCACAGAGGCAGCCAGCAACACGUCACGGUGGCUCUUGUCGCAUUCGUCACGUCUCUGCUUCUCAGCUGGCAAAGCUAGAGAGCAGCUUUUUUUUUCUACGUAAAGACACAAGACAAGAGUGUGGAUUACAAGAGCAGACAGAAACUGUAAACAUUUUACUUCUCUGAUGUGAAAGAGGAUGAAAACUGGUGCCACUGAUCCUCUGAACUCCUUCCCAGCUACCAAAGACUCGACACAGCUGCACCACAGAAACUUUAGCACUUUAGAGUGGAACCAAAGACCAACCUGUCUGUGUUUCCACAAAUAUACAAAGAUGUUUAUAUAUCCACACAGACCUGAGAGGAAGUUUUAUACAGUGUAUUUACCUACAACUAUCAAGUCAUUUCUUGGUACUGCAAAAAGACACGAUUUGAUGUGUGGAAGCAUUUUCUACAACAAACUCUUGACAAUGGGAGAUGUGCUUGUGGAUAGUCACCGUUUACAGUAAAAGGGAACUACACUACUCCUAUUACAGCAGUUCUUUAAAUAUUGGCUUACAGUAUGGUGAACUCAGUUAUCGGUCAUCUAUUCCACGUUAAAAUCAUGCUGUUAUUUUGGAUACAACAAAAGCAAUUACCUUCCACGUACUGGCCAACACUUGACCUUGUUUCCAUUGGGGCUAUUUUGAAAUUAUGUCAUUCUCAGAUUGGGAAACUGCACCCAGAAAACUGGCAUGUAAAGAGCAUUGUCUCAGCAAUAAGACUUCAAAUACACUGCAUCAGGACUGAGCAA